AUGCACAAGGCCCACUCUCAACUCAGGAGGUACAUCCCUUCCAUUCGAAGGGCCUGUAAUCAAUGUAAGAGACACUCCUGUUACCUGCCUCAGCUCAUUGGAGCCCCACUAGGUGGACCACCCCACCUGGGCUCCCUGCUUGGCCAGGUUGCAGGGAGUUGGACACUCACGCAGCAUCGGACCCUGUGCCCACGAGUCAAUACCUUGCUCAGGUGCAGCCGCCCUGAGGCUGGGAGAGGUGGAAAGCAGCGGGGGCCUUGUGGGGCCCAAGGCUCAGAGCCCAGGAGGGUAGAUGUGGUUCAGGCUUACACCUCGGACUCUGAGGACCCGGCUAGAACGUUUGAGGGAGGAGGGAUGUGUCGCCAAAUGGUAACGGAUGCCCAAACAAGCCAGGAGUGGGAGAGUGUUCUGGAGGAAGCAACUUCUAAGCUAACUAAAGAGGAGGGCCCAGGGAGAGUUCACAGCCUGCCACCCCCACCUUCCAGCUGGAGAGCAGCUGACACCCCUGGUCCAGGAUGUUCCUUGCUCACCUGUCCCAGCCAGCCUCCCCGCUUCCUGUCCUCCGAAUGCACUCGAUCUGAGCAAGAAGUGAGAGAUACUGGGGUACUCUGGCCCAGGGCUUCACAUCUCUGGGCUGGAGGCCCAGAACCUUCCAAGGGGCUGAUCCUCCUCAGAGGGAACUUACAGAACAGAGGCAAGCCAGGCCCUUUGGGCGUGCGAGGGCGUGUGAGCGUGUGUGUGGAUAAGCAGAUGUGUAGAAUUCAGCCUGGCCACCCUGUACCCAAAAGGCACCUUCAGGAAGACCAUGCCCAGAACGUCCCCCGCGGAAGUCACCCCAUGAAGAGAAUGGUCUCCACUUUUUGGAAGAUCUCAGUAGAUCUGGCAUCCAAUAAUAGCAGUGAGAAGGAAAACACCCAGGACAGUCAGAGGGCUAGCCGUAUGCAUCCCAGCUGAACAUGAAUUACACCUGGUGGGCUCCGGAGGACAAGACUGCAGCUCUCCCCAAGAGCCAUGUGCUGGGAAAGAACCUGGGAAGGGCUUUCUUCAGAAAACAAAGCUGAGAGAGGAAGGUCAUUUGAUUAAAUUGGCCAUUUGCUUCAGCAUCUGAGGUUAGUGAUCUAUGCUGUAAGCUUCUCCUUUUGCAAGGACAGUGUCUUACUCAGCUCUGUAUUUCCCAAAACCUGGCACAGUAAAGUUUGUUACAUGAAAUCUGUAUGACCCUGGGCAAGACCCUACCCUGCUCUGUGUCUCAGUGUCCUAGUUUAUAAGAUGAGAGUUUUCCAAACCCUGUUUCUCCUUGAAACAGGAGAAUCUGGUGAAGCCCCCUUAGGAGAAGGGAGAUGAGUGGGCUGGUCCAGGGCCUCCUAUCCUACUUUACCCAGAGCAACUCCUCUUGUAUUUGUUUAUGCUUCCAUACGGUUUCACUUAAAGCAGCAUUCCUCAGCUAAAAACAAAGCCUGGGAACCACCGGGCUGCAUAUGAUAUCUGAGGUCCCUUACACACAGCUCUGACAUGUGUGGGUGUGAGUGAUCGGAUGGUCAAAUGCACGAAUGAAUGAGUGAACAAAUGAAUGAGUGAAUGAACUCUUUGUGUACCUAGCUAACAUAGGGCGGUCCCUGGGCACACCAUUCUUGGAGCUGAUGGCCAGCCAUCCUGGGAAGUUUGGAAAUUGACAUAGGGCUUUCCCAAUGUCCUGUCAAUUGCGGGAGUCUGUCUGUCUCUACCAUGGCCAUGGAUAAGGCCUCCUCCCUACAGAUACCUUGGAUGCCACCAGGUCUGGGCUGCACUUGUCUUUGACUUUCCUAAUACGUUGACUCAGCUGAAAGAGAUACUGACAACAGCAGCACGAGUCCCUGGCAGGUUUGGUGAAAGAAUCACUGGGUUUUCUCAGUGUGUGUCCUGGGGUGUGGCACUAGGUCUGCUUGCUUCAGCUCCCUUCCCUCAUAGGGAAAGGGGUCCCAGUUUUGGCCUUGCCCUCCCUCCCACAAUCCUUCCCUCCCUUCCUCCAUUUCUUUCUUCCUCCAAGGCAGUGGUUCUCAAUCUUGACUGCAUGUUGGAAUCAACUAGGGAGACUUAAAAAUUACUGAUGCCCAGAGAUUCUGAUUUCUUGCUUUAGGGUGUGGCCUUGGCAAUAGGAUUUGAAAAAGCUCCCCAGGUGAUUUAAAUAUUCAGCCAAGGUUGAGAACAACUGGUCUGAGGAUAGGGAGUAGGGCUCCCAACCUCAACUAAAACCGUUUCUAGCCGUGGGAUUCAGAUGUGUCUGCUGGAUUUGGGGAGGUGUGGGGCACAGGUUUCUCUUAGCAAUGGGGGGCAUAAAGGGAAGUGGAGGGAAGUACACGUCACCACCCCUGCCCCACUAACUUAGCACUGAGUCCUGUGCGAGGAUAGGCCUCAAAGGAAGCCGAAGGGGCUAUUUUCAUAAAGCGUCCUAUGAGACUCAGGGAGAUCAGUCCUGUUUGGGGUCUAGGUGACAGGGUGUGACAGCAUGGGGGAGGGGCAAAGGACACUAUGAGGCUCCAGGGCACAGAGGACACCAGGUGGGCAUGGUGGCAGCACUCUUAGAGGGCAUGCUGGCAGCAAGGCCCACCCUGGGGUGACUGUGGUCUGCAUGACAUCAGAGAGCAAACAGGGUUGGCAGAGAGAAGCUUUGGUGAGACAGGGUGUCCACUCCCCGUGACUGUCCUACUCACAAGCACAUGUGGGACAUUCCCAAGGGGUCCCCCAAAUCACAGAGUGAACCUAUGGCAGACAAGAGCAAGCAGCAGUGAAAUCUGGUCAUUUCAUUGAGGGGGACCCACAUGGACUUGUGGGAUGGUGAGGUCUGGGGACACUUGAGUCACAAAUACAAGCCACAGUCUUGAAACUGUCUGGUGGUGGUGGCAGUGUGAUAAGGUACGACAGAGGUGAAGCAGAGGAGCAGACGUUUGUGACCUGCUCUGAAAUGGCCCCCUGGUUGGAUCAGUCUCCCCAACAGCUUUCCCUCGCGUGCUCACAUCCAAUCAGGGUCUUCUCAACUCAAGGUUUUUCUGCGUGCAGGUUCUCAAUGUGAGUUAUUGCUUUUACUUCCUGUGCAAGUUCUUUCUCUCUCUCUUUUAAAAUCACAUUUUCUCCUAAAUUAGAAAGGCUCUUUAACUGUUAGCAGGAACUGAGUUUUUGCUCCUUGCAUGGACAAUAUCAUUAAACACUGGAAAAUAAACAAACUGGAAAACUUUA